CUAAAAUAGGUAUUCACAGCUGUCAACAAUACGUGCUCUCCAGCUAAUCGCGUGCGUUGGAAUUGUGACUUGUGUGUAAUUACAAUGCUUCUGUGAGAAGAACAGAACAGGUGUUGAUUAUACUGUCCAUCAGAUUAGCUGGUGAGGAUGCCAUACAAGGUAGAGACAGUGAUCAAGCAUGCUGCACAGACUGUGGGGGAGGGUCCCCACUGGGACGUCCCCACCCAGAGGCUGCUGUAUGUAGACAUCAACAAGGGGGAUGUUCACAGGUGGGAUCCCACCACAGCCAAGGAUGAGAAAGUACACCUAGAUGGGACAGUUGGCUUUGUGAUCCCUCGGAGCAGUGGUGGUCUUGUGCUGGGUUUGAACCUGAGUGUUGUGGGUUUGGACUGGGAGAGUGGAACCACCGUCACCCUGGCCACGGUGGAUGAACGGAAAGACAACCGCCUGAAUGAUGCUAAAUGUGAUGCUUCAGGAAGACUCUGGGCAGGAACAAUGAACACAGGGAGCCCACGGGUACAGAGGGUGGGGAACCUGUACUCCCUGGGGGGAGACGGACAGCUGCAGUGCCAUGUGGAGGGGGUCACUGUGUCCAACGGUCUGGCCUGGUCAGCUGAUAACAAGACAAUGUUCUAUAUAGACACACCCACCCGCCAAGUGUGGGCGUAUGACUUUGACCUUGAGAAAGGCACCAUGGCUAAUCAGAGGGUAGUGGUGGACUUCAGCCAGACUCCCGAAUUUGAGGGAACGUUGGUGCGGCCUGACGGGAUGACUAUUGACACAGAUGACAACCUGUGGGUGGCCUGCCUGAAUGUGGGGUCGGUGGCACAGUUUGAUUCCAGAACAGGGCAAAUGCUGCGGAGGGUGGAGCUGCCGAAUGCAUCUAUGAUCACUUCGGUGUGUUGGGGCGGACCAGACCUGAAUCAGCUAUACGUCACCAGCCUGGUAGCCAACUUCACUGAACAGCAGCUGAACACCACCGAGUCACUGGCAGGAUCGGUGUUCAGAGUUACGGGACUUGGCACUAAGGGGAAAGUAGCACCCGUGUUCCAGGGCUGACAACACAGAGCAUGAGACGUGUACACAGAGCAUGAGAUGCACAAUGUUAUGUUUGGACAGUAUUGGUCACAUUGUAUAAUAACUGGAAAUGUUUGGAAAUGUACAGAAAAUCAAAAAGAGAAAUUUCAGAGAGGAAAUGUACUGACAAACCAAAUAUUGUUUUGUUAAUUUUUCACUUUAUUUUAAUGAAAAUGAUACCUUUCUGUAUCUAAACAAUUACAACACCGAUUGAGCAGGGUGGUCGAGAUGCCUGUCACUCACUGAUACAGUAAGAUACUCAACUAAACCAUGACCAUUUACAAUGUAGUCUUUGAAUUGUGAGAUAAACUAUUUUAUUGUUCGUUAAAA